UCAACCAGGAAUCAUUUUGCAGACAGUUAGACGGCAGAAAGGAGUUGCUGAGAUGCAGGAGAUGAGCUCCCGCCUGAUGACCGUGAGGCCGGACAAGAUGGCGGCCCUGGUGGAACGAGCGGCUCGCAUCAAGGAGACGCUGGAGCAGGGAACGAAGAAGCCCUACAGAGAUGUGAUCGAUGUCUCCUGGGGUGACCCUCAGAAAGCCGGCAUGAAACCUCUUACCUUUGUCAGACAGGUAAUCGCUGCUUGUCUUUACCCACAACUCCUGGAUGGCGACAACCUGCCAAUGGACGUCAAACAGCGGACGCAGAAGAUCCUCCGCUGCUGUGAUGGCGGCAGUGUUGGCUCGUACACACUCACAGCGGGGAUCCCCGAAAUAGUAGAGAGCGUCGCUCAGUUCAUCAGCCAACGCGACGGCGUUUCAGCAGAUCCCGAAAACAUUUGGAUCCAUUCCGGCUCCCAGACAUCGCUCACGAGCAUUCUGGCGCUGAUGCUGAGCAGCGAGGUGUCCACCAAGAGAGGCGUGCUUGUGCCGGUGCCGGGCCACACCACCACCCCCUUGUCCGUGAUGGCUUUAGGGGGCGUGGCCGUCCCCUACUUCCUGGACGAGGAGCGCGGCUGGGAGCUGCGGGUGGACGAGCUGCAGCGAGCCUUGGUGUCCGCCCGGGAAACGUGCCGGCCUAUCGCUUUGUACGUCAUCAACCCGGGAAACCCCACAGGGCACAUCCAGAGCAGGAAGUCCAUGGAGGAGGUCAUCAGGUUCGUGGCAGAGAACAAACUCUUCCUUCUUGCUGAUGAGGUAUACCAGAGCAGCGUUUACGACACCGACAGUGAGUUUGUGUCUUACAAGAAGCUCCUGCAUGAGCUGGGGCCUCCUCUGUCCCACACGCUGGAGCUGGCCUCCUUCCACUCGGUAUCCAAAGGCUUCAUGGGAGAGUGCGGUCUUCGAGGAGGAUACGUGGAGCUGCUCAACAUGGAUCCCACCGUCAUGCCGUACGUCCAGCAAAUGUUGCAAUUGCUCACCACUCCGCCCGUUGUCGGGCAAAUUGCUUUGGAGCUGAUGGCCAAGCCCCCUCAGCCAGGAGAUCCCUCAUACCUGCUUUUCAAGCGUGAGACGGAGCUCAUAAGGAGCACGCUGGUUGACAACGUGAAGAGAGUGCAGCAGGUUCUCAAAGAGCUGCCUGCAGUCAGCUGCCAGCCGAUACAGGGAGGAGGUUUUGCAUUCCCCAGACUGCACCUGACGCCAAAAGCCAUCCGAAAAGCCAAGGAAGCCGACAUGGAACCUGACAUGUUCUACUGCACCAGACUGCUGGAGGACACUGGUUUGCUUCUUAGUCCGGGCUGCGUGUAUGGACAAAAGGAAGGCACCUACCAUAUCAGAUUUUCCAUUUUGACUGCUGCAGACGUGAUGGAGGAACUUCUGAGACGCCUCAGUGCUUUUCACUUACAGUUCAUGAAGGACUUCUCAUAAAUAUUCUUAUAUUUAGUAACCCGACGACAUCUGACAAAAGUGUAGAUGUCCUAUUUCUAUGAUCAAAUAAAGUAAAAACACUUACCUGAAUAAUUGAUAGAUUAACCAAUUAAUAAAACAAAAACAUUGUCGGGGGAUUUGAUUUAGUAAUAUGUGAAACAAGUUAUGGAAUACAGUAAGAUUAAAACAAAUCAAAUGUGUACACUCGCCACAGUGACUAUCUGCAGUGUCUGCAAUAAAGCUGAAGAAAAAGCAAAAAUCUCAAUUUGA